UUACCACAUGGCGUGUCGGUACAGCACGCAUUUGUCGCCCACAUAUGGCCUCAGUAGACAUUCCCAUAUCUGAUAGCUUUGAGGAACCCCGCCGGUCCAGGCGAAGAAGCUGCCGACCAAUGAGGAUAUCUGGUUGCCCCAGACGGACUCGUCGAAUACGAGAAAGGCCAAACCACACACCUGCACACACAAACCGCAACGCCAUACACAGGCGAAAGGUGAGUGCAUGAGUUUCUGUCUUUCUGCCAUCGCGUACAGCGGUGAUGUGUGAGAGUCCGAUUUUGAUCAGCUGAGAGGGGAUUUCAGCGCGCGGAGACGACGAAGCCCUGAGGAAACACACACACACACACAAGCAACACGGAGAUCGAUCGACUAGCGGGCCUUUGUGACAGGUGCACCGCUACGUGCUGACCUUUCCGCAAGCGAGGUGAGUAUGAAGAUGGCCAU